GUCUACCUUUGGAGCGAACUAAUACGUCUUGGACAUCCAGGAGUCUUGUAUUCCAUUCUUAUCGGGUCGGCAGGAGGGGCCAUUUAAGGAGGGACGAUGAGUCCGAGAAAUGAAAAUUCUCUACCCUAAUGGAUCAGAUGAGUGUGACAAAAGGCAGUAUGACCACCCAACCCAGCGAAAAAAAGGUCUCUCGAGUUCCACCAAAUGACGACGUGGAGCAACUAAACACCGAAGUCCAGCCUGGUGAGAUCAAGCAUGGAGGCACAGGAGACGUUGACCCAGCCCUACAGUUUCUGGCUGCAGAAGCGAUCGAAUAUACGCCCGAAGAAUCCCGCAGAGUGUUGUCCAAAAUCGAUCGAGUUCUGAUGCCUUUGCUGUGCUGGGUCUAUCUGAUUCAAUUUGCCGACAAAUCGUCUUUGAACUAUGCCUCCCUGAUGGGGAUCCGCGAGGACACGCACUUGGACCCCAACUCGCAGCAAUACAGCUGGGUGUCGAGCAUUUUCUACGCUGGAUACAUCUUUUGGGAUUACGCCGGCCUGCUUUGCGUCCGCUUUUUCCUCGGCGCGUUCGAGGCGACAGUCACUCCGGCCUUCGUGCUGUUCACUUCCUGCUGGUACAAGCAAGAUGAACAGGCCAAGCGCAUGGGCUUCUGGCUUGCUUGCAACGGCUUCGCUCAGAUCCUGAUUGCGGCAAUCGCGUAUGGACUGUCGGGGGUGCAGACGGCUUCCAUUGCGGUGUGGAAGAUUCUCUUCCUCGUGCUGGGCCUCCCUACCGUUCUCACCGGCGCACUAUAUUUUUGGCUUAUGCCCGACGAUCAGAUUCACGCCAGAUUCCUGAGCCAUCGUGAGAAGCUCAUUGCUGUGGAUCGCAUCCGGGGCAAUUUCCAAGGCAUCGGUAGCCAUAUUUGGAAAUGGUCUCACUUCUUCGAAGCCUUCCGCGACCCACGCACGUAUCUCUACGUGCUCUUCUCGCUCUUGAUGAAUAUCCCCAAUGGGGGCAUCACCACCUUCGGUUCCCUCGUGAUCAGCUCUUUCGGCUUCUCCAGUCGCAUGUCCCUCUUGCUCAACAUGCCAAUGGGGCUUGUCGACAUUGUCUGCAAGCUAGGUUUGACAUAUAUGUCCGACAGAUUUCUGGAUCGCACCAUUUUUGCCAUCAUCGCCAUUCUCAUACCCAUGGUGGGCGGCAUCUUGAUGAUCGUCCUUCCCCUUCAUGCCAAAGCUGGUCUGUUGGUGGGUUACUACUUUAUCGGCGCUGCUGGAACCUCCUGGUGCUUGGUCAUGGUGAUGAUAUCCAACAAUACCCUGGGCUACACGGAGAAGGCCACAGUAAAUGGCCUCCAGAUACUGGCUUACGCUGCGGGAAACUGGAUUGGACCGCAGACCUUCCGCUCGAACCAAGCGCCCGAGUAUUUUGAUGGCAAGCUGAUGGUAGCCAUCAUGUACGCCCUUGCAGCGGCGACCCUACUGGCUAUUCGUCUGGUGAACAUUCUGGAGAAUAAGAGACGUGACCGACAGGCGCUUUCUAACCCCGACGACGAUGAGAGCGUUGUUGUUGGCACUGAGUUCCUUGAUUUGACGGAUUUCGAGCAACCGGCCUUCCGCUAUGUUCUGUAAUGGGUCUUGCACGGGCGGUAGAGUUUGACGACGGACGGGAUCGCCUGUAUCAUUGUGUUUAGAGCGUGCUCGAUAUCGAGCGAGGAUCUGUGACUGUCUUGGAUAGCUGUAGCGGGUCUUGUAUUAACAUGCUGUUACUAUUUCUCUCUACAGCAAGCGGAAGAACUCCGAUGAGUCGAGGUUUUAUUAUUUCAGCGCGCUAUCUUGUCAAAUAGUUUGGCUGAGUUGGCGGUCUUCCUGCUAAAUGUGCAAUUCGGUGGACUUGCCAGCGGAUUAAUGGACGUAUGGGCGAGGAGCUGAGGAGUAUCCACCUAGCUACGCAGCAAUUAUUCUGCAGAUAAUGGGACAUUGGGAUGCCGAGCAGGGACGUAUUG